ACAGACACACCAUUCGUUUUUAUCAUUUCCGGAAACACCGGAUGUACGUCAUUACAUGAUUGAGUACAUUGUUUUUACUUGGGGAUCUCGAUUGUCACGUUAGCUGUUACAGUAAGUAGACCAUGAGUCUGCCAGCAGCUCCACCCAGCUAUGCUGAAGCUACAGCAGGAGAUAAAGAACAAGGAACUGGUAGCUUCACUUACGCCUCCCAGCCGCCCCCAAUGCCACCCCCAACCAUGCCCAUGCACCCCAGCUGGGCUUAUGUGCAUCCCGGCCCCAGUCCGGGAUAUUCCAAUGCGUAUGCUGCAGACAUGUCCUCCUCACCCUUCUCUGACCCGAGCUCCAGCAGCAGCUUCGACGGCCUCAGUGGAAGCAACUGGGAGGACAAGACUGUCCGCCGCAUGUUCAUCAGGAAGGUCUUCUGUAUCCUCAUGGUUCAGCUCAUGGUCACAUUUGGAGUGGUGUCACUCUUCACAUUUUGCGAGCCAGUCCGGAAGUUUGUACAGUACAAUCGAGUUUUCUAUCUGACCUCAUACAUGACUUUUAUGGGAACAUACCUGAUGCUUGUAUGCAGCACAAAUGCACGACGAAGAUACCCUACCAAUAUGAUCCUUCUAGCCAUUUUUACUUUGGCAAUGUCCUAUAUGGCAGGCAUGCUUGCCAGCUACCAUAAUACCAAAGUGGUGAUGAUGUGUGUGGGCAUCACAGCACUGGUGUGUCUGGCCAUCACGCUCUUCUGUUUCCAGUCCAGGGUUGACUUCACCACCUGUCAUGGAUUACUUUUCUCCCUCAUGAUGGUGCUGAUGGUCACCGGGCUUCUGCUGUUCUUCACUGCACCAUUUGGAUAUAUUCCCUGGUUGCAUACUGCUUAUGCUGGAUUUGGUGCUCUGGUUUUCACUCUGUUUCUGGCGUUUGACAUGCAGCUGCUGAUCGGCAACAGGCGGUACUCUCUGAACCCAGAGGAGCAUGUGUUCGGAGCCAUCUGCCUCUACAUGGAUGUGGUUUACAUAUUCCUCUUUUUCCUUCAGCUCUUUGGGAGCCGUGAGUGAGGUGUUCAUGCUGUGUCCAGGCUUUAGCCUUUGUCCUCUGUUACACACACACACACACACGCACACAUACACACACCCACACCCUUCUCAGUUACUCCAAGGUUUGGUGAGGAGUGAACAGUCUUCCUUCAUUCUGUGUGGCAGUUGAAGUUUGAUGUGUGCUGUUGUUUUUCUUCUGGUCAUGGUUAGGGCAGCUCUUUGCACACCUCGUAUGCACCCUCGCUGCAAGAUAACCAUGCUACCAAUCAGAUAUACACAUGCUGUUCAUGGUAGACAAUCACUGCACAUCAUUUUUGUGUUUUCAGUUCAAGUGAUUUGAAAAACCCUAGGUCAUCUGCAUUGAAUAAUGUUUAGAAUUCCAUCACACAAUAAUGAGAAAAAAAAUCAGUGUGUGAUUUAGUGGGGAAUAUAGGGACACUACUAACUUGUCAAUGGAUAUUAUCCCUCCGUUUGCACGUUGUAUAGUUGAAAUUAAUCUUAAAACUGACAGGCAAUCACUAAAUGUAUAAUAGUACUUUUAACUUAAGUUUCAAUCAGUCCGCAACAUUGUGCAGUGAAAUUAUACCAGAGCUAGAGAGGCCUGUAUGUGACACUUUGAAUUGCUUUUUGUGCAGUAACCUGCACUUGAAUGGGAAGCAGAAGCUGGAGCUUACAGGAACUUGUGGUCAGUGAAUAUUUUGUGCCUCAGAAUGCUGGUUGAUAAUGAGAUUUCAGUGUUGUUGUAUACAGCCAAUGCAGAUUUAUAAAAAUAAAUUCAUUAAUUAUAUUAAACUGUGUGCCAAAAAUAAUUCUGUCAUGUGACAAUGGCAGAGAUUUUAUUUGCGGCACUUUGUCCAACAGGUCAGUGAGGUCUGCAACAUAAUGUGACCCUGGACCACAAAACCAGUCUUAAAUCGCUGGGGUAUAUUUGUAGCAAUAGACAAAAAAAUAACAUUGUACGGGUCAAAAUUAUAGAUUUUUCUUUUAUGCCAAAAAUCAUUAGGAUAUUAAGUAAAGAUGAUGUUCCAUGAAGAUAUUUUGUACAUUUCCUACCGUAAAUAUAUCAAAACUUCAUUUUUGAUCAGUAAUAGGCAUUGCUAAGAAUUCAUUUGGAAACUUCAAAGGCGAUUUUCUCAAUAUUUUUUUUCUUUUGCACCCUCAGAUUCCAGAUGUUCAAAUAGUUAUAUCUCUGCCAUUUAUUCAGCUUUCAGAUGAUGUAUAAAUCUCAAUUUUGAAAAAAUGGACACUUAAGAGGUUUUGUGGUCCAGGGUCACAUGUCUAUGAAUUGCCUCGUAAAUGAACUCGUAAGUGUGUGAUGCUUGGGUGUUUUUGCUAAUUUCCAAGACACUUGAUUGCUUUUACUGUCUAAUUUUCUAAGUCACAUUUUAAAACAUAAAAUGUUUUAAAUACUGAAUUAUCAGGUGCUGACUUAUUUGAAAGGGACUUGUUACAUUCGGUAGAGACAAAAGGUUACAUGUAUUUAUGAUUUGUUUCAAGCACAUACUGUAGGGCAUAUUUUCCAUGGGUUUAAUAUACAAUUCUCGUCUCUUAAGAACUUCUAUGUGUAGAGAGUGUGUUGACAUUUUAAUUUGGGAAAACUUUUCUUAAUUCUGAAAUCCUCAAUAGGUUUUUAGGUCAUUUAAACCUCUAUUGACAUUCCCGUUUGCUUGCAUUUUAAACUGUUUCUAUAAAUUAAGCAUUAAUCUUUUUGAUGGAUUGUUGUUUCGUUUGUCAGAGUGGGUUAUAAGAGAUUUGGGUAGAAAGCCUCAUACCCAUAUGCUUUAUUUCUUGAUUUAAGGCUAUGCUAACCUACAGUAUUGUUACUGAAAUGGUAGUUUAAAAACACAAAUUUGUACAUUUCACACAUGCAACUUUGUUCCUUUUUAGAUUAAAUGCAUAAAUGCUUUUCAGACACUGAAAGCUUAACAUGCUUGGUUUUGAAAGCUAUUUUUUCAGCAGAAGUAUUUAAAUUUGAGGUGAUCUGUGUAUUUUUUUGUGCAGUUCUUCUUGUAAAUGUGCAUAUAAAGUGUGAGUGUAUAUGGACCACUCUAUGCCUUUCCUCUCUCUCUCUCUCUGUGUGUACUUCUGUGUCUACAAAUGAAUACGUUUAACCUAUUAUUACUGCAUGAUCUGUGGAACAGAGACCCACUGUGUGCUAAUUUAGAACACAAAAGCAUUCCUUCUUUUUGCUGUUAAAAUACUAAUGGCCAGUGGGUGAUAACAGGAUAUUGUGUUGUUUUGUAACCUCAUCUGUGCUUUAGUAAAAAUAAACAGAACCGUGAACAAUAAA